AUGUAUUUUUUAAAAACUAAAUCAAAAUAUGGCUUAUUUUUGCUGGUGUUUUUUCUAUUUUUAUUCUACUUGUUUAGCGAAGACUUUUUAAAUACAGAAGAAGACAACAGAAGUGUUAAUUUAAAUUUAAUAAACUUUGCAAAGGAUUUAAAAGUGCCUAAAACCAGCUCUCAAAAUAUUGAUGAUAAAGGUGGAACGAUUUUAUUAAUAUUCUGGACGACAUUCUUUGGUGCAAAACCGCGAAUAAAAGAUGGCCAUCCACGGAAAUGGCCAUUUUAUUACGUGGGAAAGAGAUGUCCCGUCAAGUGUGAACUGACAACCGAACAACAUAGAAUCUCACAAGCCUCUGGGAUUGUCUUCCAUGCGAGGGAUUUCAGUCUAGAUGAUCUUCCCCCCCGGAAAUUCAGAAGUAUUCCGUGGAUUUUGCAAUCUCACGAGAACCCUGUGUAUACACCAGUUCUCCGAGAUUCUGAUGCCAUGUCUAAAUUUAACUAUUACGUGAGCUAUCGGUUGGAUUCCGAUUUCCCUUCGCCCGAGUUUGUGAAACCACGGUUGGACCUGCCAACGCCUUUUGAGAGUAAAACGAGACUGGUUUUGGCCGUGUACAGCAACUGUGAAGGCCUACGGACGCAUUACAUGGGGGAGCUUAGAAAGCAUAUCAAAAUCGAUUUCUACGGAAGCUGUUUGCGGACGCAUAAAUUUCUAAAACGAACGUCAGAUAGUAACGACACAAAAUUGCUAACUUUACUGCGUACUUAUAAAUUCACUUUGGUUUUUCCAAACGCUGAUUGCGAUUAUUACGUCACAGAAAAAAUGUACAAUGCGUUAUCGUCCGGAACGGUCCCAAUAUGGCUGGGGACAGAUAAAAUUGACGAGAUACUGAAAUGGGGAAAUUUAAAACAAUCUGUGAUAAAAGUUAAAGACUUCAGAGAACCAAAAGCGUUGGCCGACCAUUUACACUUUCUUGCUAAAAACAAGCAAGAAUAUAAUAAAUACUUAAGAUGGAAGUACGAGGGUUUUCAGUUCCCGCCCGAGUACUAUAAUUCGGCAAUAGGGCAGUGGUGGGAGGGGUUGCCUGUGUAUUGUCGGGUAUGUAUGAGGAUUGCCAAGGACCCCAAGGGGCAUCAUGGAUUACCGACAGAAACGUGUGGGGAUACACGUAGUGAAAGGCUAGCAAAAUUGAUACCAUAG